AUGGACAUCAAAGAUGUUUCCGACGUCGGCGACUAUGUCGGCUUAUUGAAGCAGAUCCAAGACAAAGCAGAGCGAGCAAGUCGAAGAAAGGGCCAAAUGGUGCGAGACCAUCCUCCGCCCGAGCAGCUGAUCUCAAGCUUUAUGAUGAAGAUAUUUGCCUCGACUAUGCGCCCAAAGUCGACGGACAACACCACUGUCAUGGCUACAUCGCAAGUGCCAGCGCCUUACGCUCCUUGUGCCCGCUCCGUCAGCGAGCUCCAACCGAUCAUGCUAUCUGAGAUGAGACUCGAAACGCAUCAUCGGGGAAAGAGGACUAUACUUCGCGUCCUGACGCCUCCGGACCGCAUGACCGCUGUAAUGGCUAUCGUCGAAGACGAACAGGGGACUGCCAUACUACUCCAGCUUUAUCACCAGCCAGAAGAGUCAGUGGUGCCUGCCGAGCAGAUACUGCAGCCUGACCGCGUCUGCAUCCUCAAAGAACCCUACUUCAAAUGUGCCACAGACGGUACAUACUCGUUGAGGACGGACCAUGUGAGCGACAUCAUCUGGCUAGAGGACACUGACGAACGCAUCCCCUCGAAAUGGAGGAAGCCCGCGUCGACUCUGAACAACAACAGCAAGGGCAUUCGGCUGCAGGGCAACGAUGCUGUGAAGAAUCAGAGCUGGGCGGAGGCACAGCGCUUGCUCGGGCGUCCGGAGAAAGCCUUGUCAGAUGCUGCCCAGGGCAGCAACGCCGAUAGGCCUUCCGAGAAACGAAUCUUCCGCUUCCGCGAGGCACAAGCACUCUACAGACUGGGCCAUCUCAGGCAGUCUCUGGAAAGGCUGCAGGAUCUCUCAGAGUCGCACCCCGAGAACACGGCCGUGAGGCCGGAGAUGGACCGCGUCAGGGCAAGACUGCACGAACAGCAGACUGGGGAGUACGCGUUCCGCCAGAUGUACAAGCAGGCCAGACAGACGCCUCCGAUCGUCGACUGUGCCACCUUUUCCGCGCCCGUCGAGGUACGCCCGUCGCCCGGGCGGGGCCGGGGAGUCUUCACCACCGUGCCAGUCUCUGCUGGUCAGCUGCUUGUCUGCGAAAAGGCGUUCACGUACAGCUAUGCGGGAGACGACGAGCCCGCAAGAAGGCACACCAUUCUGAUGAAUCUGAGCACCAAGAAGAUGGUGGUGGGUGGCCAAGCUCAGCUCCUCACGCAAACUAUACAGAAACUGUAUCACAGCCCCGAGCUGUCGCAUUUAUUUUGCGAUCUGCACCGCGGGGACUACGCUAUGAGCCCAGUCUCGGAGUCUGAUGGGUAUCCGGUGGUCGAUUCCCCAGGUUUCUGGUUGAGAAAAUCAUCUCCCUCAACUCAUUCGGGGCUCCAAGGUGCGACGAGGGACCUCCCGGCCGACACCGAGCUGUUCCAUUGCUACCGGCCGCCUAUGCCUCUUGAAUCGUACAAGGAGGGACAAAAGCACCUCAGCAACUGGGGCUUCACGUGCGGUUGUGACUUGUGCAUGGCUAGGAAGGCGACACCCAGUACAGCGAUUCAGAGACGCAAGGCCAUCUAUAGAAAGCUCAACACUGUCAUGAACGGGUCCGCAGCGACCAAUGUUUCCGCGGCUCGGCGGUUGCUCAAGCAACUCGAGGAAACUUACCUUGAGACGGAAGCCAACGCUGUUCGGCUGGAGCUCUGGGAUCCAUACUUUGCACUGGGCGCUACUCUGCUGUCUACUGGCAAGCCGGCAGAUGCCGUCAAGAUGAUUAUCAAGGGAUUUGAAUCGCUAGGAUAUAACAUCACUGCAUGCCCGCCCAUUGGGGAUGCAAAGCCGGCGCAACUCGAGGUCAAACAGUGGGGCUUGUCGAACGACUACACCAUCUGGGCUUUCUUGAAUCUGUUCAGGGCUUACAAGACACUUGCCCCCGAGCUCUGCGCAACUGCCAAGCGAUAUGUCGAAGAUGCUUACAGUAUGGUCGUGGGCGAGAAAGAAACGAUAUAUGACGAACUCCCGGAGCUCGCAUGA